AGUACAUAUUCCUUGGUCGUUUUAAAGAGCGUACAUACCAUGGAACGUCAAGGUCCACCAGCAGCAUUGCACGAGCAUUCGUCCAGCCCGAACGAUGACAGAUUCUCCACACAUCGAACUUCAACACCGUGCGCCCGUGGGAGAAGAAAGCUGGGACCAGACACAAGAAGAGCUAUGGAACGGAGACCCUGAAAACGCUCGAAACUGGUCUACCAGUAGGAAAAUCUUUACUUCCGGAGCUGUCAGUGGCAUCGGCUUCGUCUGUACUCUAGCCUCCUCUAUCUACGCACCCGGAAGGCAAGAGACAGCCGCUGAGUUUCGGAUCGGGGAGACCGUCUCUAUUCUCCCAGUGUCUUUGUACAAUCUCGGCAUGGCAUUCGGUCCGACCAUCGCCUCUCCAUUGAGCGAAACGUUUGGCCGCAGAGCAGUCUAUCUCGUCGUGCUCCCUGUGUUUGCAAUAUUCGUGCUGGCUACCGGAUUUUGUCAUAACUUCACUGCCGUAUGUAUCUGCAGAUUCUUUGCAGGUGCUUUUGCUAGUCCGGGCGUCAGCAUCGCGACUGCUACAGUCGCCGACAUGUGGGCACCUUCUGAGAGAGCAAGGCCUCUGAUCAUAUACUACAGUAGCCCUGUGCUGGGAUCUGCAAUGGGUCCUUUAGUGGGUGGUUUCGUAGCUGAAAGCAAAGGCUGGCGCUGGACGCAAUGGACCACGCUUUUCUUCGCCAUCACUCUCUUUAGCCCAAUUAUGUUCACUCGAGAAUCUUACAAAAAGAUAAUCCUCAAACGAAAAACGAGGGCAGAGGAAACAAGGCCGUCUAGGUCUUUGAAUGCCUUCUUGGACCAGAUUCCGAAAUUCAUCCGCACGACUCUCAUCCGGCCAGUACACAUGCUCCUCACAGAGCCUAUUGUCACUUUGCUGUGCAUGUAUAUGGGGUUUCAGUUUGGCCUUCUUUACGUCUUCGUAAUUGCGAGUCCAUGGGUAUUCUCCACCCGGUACGGCUUUUCGCUCACGGGGCAAAGCCUGUCAUUCCUCGGCCUCAUCAUUGGGUGUUUCCUUGCCCCGAUGUUUGCCAUGGCCAUCGACAAGACUGCACGCGGGUCCAAUCUUCCUCGUUUUCUACUGCAAUCUACAAGCACUCCUGACAAAUCAGUGCCCGAGUACCGACUAUGCAGCGCCAUGUUUGGAAGCAUUUGUCUCCCCACUGGCCUCUUCUGGUUCGCCUGGACCGCUCGCUCAAGCAUCCACUGGAUUAGUCCCAUUGCGGCCCAGUGUCUCGUCAUGAUUGGGAGUCUCAACAUCUACCUGUCGGCAGGAAUGUACAUGAUGGACACGUACGGCCCGCUCUACGGAGCAUCUGCAAACGGCGCAAACUCCCUGACGCGGUAUUCUCUCGCGGCAGCAUUCCCGCUAUUCACACUGCAGAUGUACCAGGGGAUUGGGGUCGGCUGGGCCUCAAGUGUGCUGGGGUUUUGUGCUCUCGCUAUGGCCCCGAUUCCGUGGGCAUUCUUUAGACAUGGCCCGAAACUACGAGAAAAGAGCAAGUAUCAGCGAAGCGAUUAA